AUGUCUCUUAUGGGAACUGUUCUCGGCGUACUGGCGAACCUAACUGCCCCAACCUCUGGUGUUGGUUCAUUUACUUGCCAGCCAGGCCACUCCUGUUGGCCCAGCCUUCAGGAAUGGGAUGCAUUCAAUCAGACAGUGUCAGGACGCCUAAAGGUUCCAGUUAUCCUAUCCAGUCCUUGUUUCCCCAAUUCACCAAACUUUAAUGAAGAAGAAUGUGCCAGUGUAUUGGGCAGCUACGGAGACGGCUUCUUUCGACAGUCAAUACAUGGGGCAUUGCAGAACACUGCUUGGGAAGGCUGUGGUAACGAAAACUGCUUUCCGGGCAUUGUGCCACCUCAGGGGCCUACAUGCUCUCUUGGAAGACUAUCUCCUGUCUAUGUUGACGUCGAGACGCCCGAUGACAUUGCCGCCACCUUUGCUUUUUCCAAAAAGCAUGAUAUUCGCAUUGUAAUCAAGAACACUGGACAUGACUAUUUUGGACGCAGCGCUUCUGCGAACUCUUUGGCCAUGCGAACCAACAACUUGAAAAACAUGGCCUUCGAACCGGAGUUUACGGCCCACAACUGCCCUGCCGCUAAUAAAAAGAACAUUGGCAUCAUUGGCGCUGGCGUUAACGCAGCGCAGGCAAUUGGCUUCUUCAGCAAACAUGGCAUGUCGGUUACAACUGGAGCCUGCCCUACUGUUGGCAUUGCCGGUGGAUUUGGUUUGGGUGGCGGUCAUGGCCCACUUACACCAACUCACGGUUUGAUGGUGGACCAGGCUGUCGAGUUUGACGUUGUUACAACUGACGGCGUCUUCCGAACCAUCAACGAGUGCAACGAGCCUGAUCUCUUCUGGGCAAUGCGUGGUGGCGGUGGUUCCUCGUUCGCUGUUCUUGUUAAUUACAAGUUCCAGCUUCAUCCAGAAGUAAGAUGGGCUACGUGGCGAAUCGAAGCAACGCUGAGCCCAGACAGCCCUGAUAUCACAGAGAAUACUGUUCUAAGAGAAAUUCUUGCUUCCGUAUCGAACGAGCAAUAUGAGUGGUCCAAGAACCGUGUUACAGGUUAUGAUACGGUGUCACAUACCUUUGUCAGCUUCUUUCAGAUUCUGCCCGACUCAGGAGAUGCAUUGGCAAAACUUAAGAAAGCUACAGCCAACUUCCACUCAUUCAUGACAACCCAUCCGGGAAUCAAAGUCACGACAGACCUUUACCAAGUCUUUGACAACCAACCAGAAUUUUAUGCCGGUGAAGCAGAAGGUAUCGCCGCCGGUUCCAUAGUUGGCGCUUCAAUCUUAACUCCCAGUCGGCUUAUCACUACUGACGACAUCGAAACUCCUGAAAAGAUUGACGCUCUUGUUUCUGCUUUCCUACAGGGCAUGGAAACCGCUCGGAAACAGCUUGGAGAACUGGCAGCCGGAGUGGCAUUCUUCCUUCUCAAAACAGGAGCAAUCAACACUCCCGACACAGAGCAGGCCACUAGCGUCAAUCCCGCCUGGAGAAAAACAUUAUGGCAUGUAAUCGUCAUUGCGGCUUGGCCUCCGGGUGCUCCAAAGGAAGUCAGCGACAAAAUUGCUGCCACCGCGCGAAAUGCUCUGGAUGUGCUCAAAGCACCCCUGAGCGUGCAGGCUGCCUAUUUCAAUGAAGCCGAUCCAGCUGAACCUAAUUGGGAGAACGUCUUCUUUGGCGAGCCUUACGAGAAGCUACUUGCUAUUAAGAAGAAGUGGGAUCCUGAUACCGUACUCAACUGUGCGAAGUGUGUUGGGUAUCUAGGGGAACAAGAUCCGAUGUACUCUUGCGAUAGCAAGAAUCCCAUUCCCUCGGUCCCGUACCCAUUCGGUCUAGCUGAAUCUGCUAUCAUCGAUGAUGGCAACCUUAUAAUUGAUAUACAAAAAGAACUGUAG